AUGGCCGGUGACGACGAAAACAUAGAUGAACAUACCCCGCUGAUCUCCAGGUCGCCCCAGAUAACCCCCUCCCAGGCUGGUUCGUCUGAUAAUAAUAAUAACAACAAUCCCCCCGUGCGCCAUGCGGCCACCAACUCCUCCUGGCCCGACGUGGCCGGCCUCCCCGUGCGGUCCGCCAACGACGAGAACCUGGUGAUUUUCCGCCGCGCCAUCGGCAUCAACUACCACCUGCCGUCGCACGAGGGCGCGACGAUGGAGGAAGGGCGCAAGUCGGCCAUGGGCAUCUACCGCGCGGUGCUGCGGGAGCAGCGGGCCAAGGCGCGGCUGUUCUGGGCCGUAAAUCUGACGGUCUACUUCUGCCACUUUGCACAAAUCAUCAUUGGCGCCUCGCUGACGGCGCUGGGGCCGACGUCGACCCGUCACACCCGGGCGAUCACCGUGCUGGGGGCGGCCAACACGGUCAUUGCAGGCGUGCUGGCGCUGAUAAACGGGCAGGGCCUGCCGCACCGGCUGCGCAAGGACGAGAUCGAGUUCCGCAAGAUCCAAGACUGGAUCGAGGAGACGGAGGCGCUGCUGGCCGCGGGGAUCAUUGGGCGUGACCGGACCGAGGUUGGUCUUCUUGUCGAGACGGCGUUCAAGAAGUACAACGCGGCCAAGGCGAGCGCAGAGAACAACAAGCCUGGGUCGAUUGCACUAAGAAAGGAGGUCGAUAGACGUGCUAUUCAAUAG